AUGAUCAGCGCCCCUCAAACUAGAGAAGUGGCUGGCUCCAGUGCUAGAACCAUCUUCUUAAAAGAUAGAAGAGACUUGGAGUAUCAAUCGCAGCGCAGGCUUCUCUCGGGCCUGGACCUCUCAAUUAAAGUUAGUGAUGCAGUCGACAAGGCUAACAAGGUUAACAAUUACUCGCACAAGAGCAACAGGAGCGCUGGCAACGACGCUUGUCCGAAACCAAGCGACGAAGAAAUCUUAUUUCCACCUAUUCCACUGUAUUUUGGCCAAGAAUCUGCCAGUCAGUGCCUGGAGGCGUUGUCGCAAAUUAGAGACAUACUGUACACCAUAGUGAGUGAUCUCUCCCGGUCUACUACCGCACCCACUAGAUUGCGAUGCUUUUCUAGGCCACGGAUAGAAAAACUCAUAGAAUCCUUGUUUGGAAUAAUAAGCUCUGUCUCUCAAUCUAAGCAGACCCAAUCCUGCGAGGUUUAUAGGCAACAGACGGAGGCAGAUCUCAAUCUGCUCUACCUAGCAAUCAUCAACAUAUAUUAUCUCAUGGAGCUCGAGCUCUAUUUCGUUCGAGCGCCAGAUGUGGAUCUCUUCCUUCUAGUCCUCAAUCAGGUGGUCCAGGUGGAGGACAAGUACAAGGCACUCAAUGUACUAGUGUACGAAACCAUCAUUCAAUUGAUUGCCAACAGCAUCUCGACUAAAGAUAUCUCUCACAAGCUUGUCCAGCAAAUUUUGAAUGGAUUUUGCCCAAUUAUUUUUGAAAUGUGCAAAAAUAUUCCCACCGGAUCGAUACCAGCGACAUUUAUUUAUAGAACAAAUUCCUUUUGGUUUCUAUCUAAUGCAGCAUUGGUCUACACCAAGAAGGACACAGAGCUAGACAAUCCAACCUACCAGACCUGUUUGCAACUUCUUCCCCUGGUGGUCGAGAUACUGUUAUAUCUAUUUAACAUUUCCACCCCCCUCUGGUUUGACGAAGUUCAGAUUCGUGGGUUAGUAGAGGGUACACACGAAUCGUGGAUCGAUCACAAGAAUGCGCUGAAGGGCCUGGAGCCCAAUCUCGAGCUCUUCUAUUUAAACAAGCAACUCAUCUACCUGGCCUGGGCCAUGACUUUUUUUUGCGACGCAGAGAAUGUCAGGGCGCGGGAGUAUAUCUGUCGAAAUGUGUACGCCCACACCCACAUCAUGGACGUUCUUCUCAAUGCAAUCUACGACCUUCCGAUAACGUAUGCUGCCGGUGUAGUGCAUAUUCUUAUCAAGAGCCUCGGGAGCAUCCUGAAUGCACUCUCCAACGAGGAUUUGGAUGUCAUUUUGUCUAGGAACUUAUUGCAUGCGUUCCUCAACGUUGUUACCACCCUCCUGGACGGAGACAUGGAGGCGUCUAAUUCAUCUGCAAUGCAUGUGGUAGCAGGGAUUUUCUGGAUUUGCAGCAAUCUAGCCACAACGCAUGCACACGUCUUCAUUUGUUCAGAUCUGGUUUCCUACUUUAUUCUUGGGCUCCAGUCAUCCAUCCUGCUGUUCUGCAGAAACUCCUUUCUGGCCAUUCACAACAUUCUCUACCAUCUAAGUCUACAAGACCAGUCCGAAUUUCUUGACCGUCAUGAAGACAACCUUUGGAAUGCUUGCGCAUCUGUUGUCAAGCGAUCUAUGAACAUGAAAUGGAGUCAUCGCAAUUAUAUUUUGCCCCAUUGUAUAUUUAUUUUUGCCACCAUUUUGGCCUACGACCCCAGCAUCUAUGUCGAGAAAUUUGAGCUUGUUACGGAGGACUUGGCCGAGCUACAGUGCCGCGAUCUCCUGGACGACGCCACAAGCAACGAAGUCUCACGCCUUCUCCUUGCCUACAAGUGA